CCGGGGGGGCGGUUCCGGGGGGGCACCGGCGGAAGCGGAAGUGGCGGCGGGCGGGAUGGAGGAGGCGGAGAUGCAGCUGAAGGUGAAGAAAGUGACGGACAAGUUCACGGAGAGCCUGUACGUGCUGGCCAACGAGCCGUCGGUGGCGCUGUUCCGGCUGCAGGAGCACGUGCGCCGCUCCCUGCCCGAGCUGGCCCAGCACAAGUCGGACAUGCAGAGCUGGGAGGAGCAGAGCCAGGGAGCAAUUUACACCGUGGAAUACGCCUGCAGCGCCAUUAAGAACAUGACUGACAGCAGUGUUUACUUCAAGAGCAUUGACAGCCUCCUCAAACAUUCCAUAGCCAUGAAGGAGCAGCUCAACGCCGCCCAGGGCCGCAGCACCAUCACCCCCCAAUCCAAAAAUCCUCCAAGCACUUCCUGAUUUUUUUCCAUCCUCAAUUUCCCAGCCUUGGGAAGAAGCGGAAAAACCACAGG